GAGAGAGGCAAGCGCAUGUUACUCCAGCGCGCUCAAGAGUUGCCGGGGUUGGCGGCUGAGGAGGCGAGAAAGGAAACCACCCCUACUCCUAAUCCCCCGCCUUCAGAAGAAGAGAAAACAGAAUCUAAUCAGGAGGUUGCUAACCCAGAACACUAUAUUAAACAUCCUUUACAGAACAGAUGGGCACUCUGGUUUUUUAAAAAUGAUAAAAGCAAAACUUGGCAAGCAAACCUUCGGCUGAUCUCUAAGUUUGAUACUGUUGAAGACUUUUGGGCUCUGUACAACCACAUCCAGUUGUCUAGUAAUUUAAUGCCUGGCUGUGACUACUCACUUUUUAAGGAUGGUAUUGAGCCUAUGUGGGAAGAUGAGAAAAACAAACGAGGAGGACGAUGGUUAAUUACAUUGAACAAACAGCAGAGACGAAGUGAUCUGGAUCGCUUUUGGCUAGAGACACUGCUGUGCCUUAUUGGAGAAUCUUUUGAUGACUACAGUGAUGAUGUAUGUGGAGCUGUUGUUAAUGUUAGAGCUAAAGGUGAUAAGAUAGCAAUAUGGACUACUGAAUGUGAAAACAGAGAGGCUGUUACACAUAUAGGGAGGGUAUACAAAGAAAGGUUAGGACUUCCUCCAAAGAUAGUGAUUGGUUAUCAGUCCCAUGCAGACACAGCUACUAAGAGCGGCUCCACCACUAAAAAUAGGUUUGUUGUUUAAGAAGACACCUUCUGAGUAUUCUCAUAGGAGACUGCGUCAAGCAAUCGAGAUUUGGGAGCUGAACCAAAGCCUCUUCCAAAGCAGAGUGGACUGCAUUUAAAUUUGAUUUCCAUCUAAAUGUUACUAAGAUAUAAGAGAAGUCUCAUUCGCCUUUGUCUUGUACUUCUGUGUUCACUUUUUUUUUUUUUUUUUGGCUAGAGUGUCCAUUAUCCCAAUCAAAGAAUUACAGUACACAUCAUCCCCAGAAUCCAUGAAUGUGUUCCUGGCCCACUCUGUAAUAGCUUAGUAGAAUUACCAUUAUAAACACAUUUUACCCAUCCACAAUAUUCAAAAAAGAACUUGCAUUUCUAUACCUUAAAGGAAAAAAUUCUGUUUAUGUUCCAUUGUAUGCAGGAGCAUAUUUUGCUGGUUUGAAAGAGUAUGAUGCAUACAGUUUUCUAGCAAUUUUCUUUGUUUCUUUUUACAGCAUUGUCUUUGCUGUACUCUUGCUGAUGGCUGCUAGAUUUUAAUUUAUUUGUUUCCCUACUUGAUAACAUUAGUGAUUCUGAUUUCAGUUUUUCAUUUGUUUUGCUUUUGUUUUUUUCCUCAUGUAACAUUGGUGAAGGAUCCAGGAAUAUGACACAAAGGUGGAAUAAACAUUAAUUUUGUGCAUUCUUUGGUAAUUUUUUUGUUUUUUUGUAACUACAAAGCUUUGCUACAAAUUUAUGCAUUUCAUUCAAAUCAGUGAUCUAUGUUUGUGUGAUUUCCUAAACAUAAUUGUGGAUUAUAAAAAAAAAAAAUGUAACAUCAUAAUUACAUUCCUAAUUAGAAUUAGUAUGUUUUUGUAUCUUUAUGCUGUAUUUUAACACUUUGUAUUACUUAGGUUGUUUUGCUUUGGUUAAAAAAUGGCUCAAGUAGAAAAGCGGUCCCAUUCAUAUUAAGACAGUGUACAAAACUGUAAAUAAAAUGUGUACAGUGAAUUGUCUUUUAGACAACUAGAUUUGUCCUUUUAUUUCUCCAUCUCUAUAGAAGGAAUUUGUAUUUCUUAUUGCCAGGCAGUCUCUGUUGUGUCUUAUAGUGUCUUCCACGUGAACAGCAUAAGUUUGGAGCACUAGUUGAUUAUGUUUAUUAUAAUUUUUAAUAAAUUGAAUAGGUAGCAUCAUAUAUAUGGAAUUAAAUUGAUGUGACUAUCUUUGUUUUUUUAUAAAGGAAGGCAUAGUCCUUCAGUCAUAGGUAAAUAAUGUACUCUUAAUGUAUUAAAACACAAGAGAAUUGUUAUCUUGGUGCAUUACCAUUUGAUUGGUAGGAAUGGUAGUUGUAAAACUUGGUUGCUGAAUUGAGAUGUUCUUUUGUAAGUGUCAAAAUGAUAGCAUAGGGAAAGAGUACAGGUGGUGGGGGCAUAUACAUUAAGAAUUUUGUUAGUGUUGCUGUCUAAAUAGAAUGGAAUAAACAGGUACGAAGACUUAUAUUUAUAUUGGUAAAUUGGUGUAGUACGGUUUUAUGUAAAUUUGAAACGUGAUCUACUCUUUGUAGGCAUUUGAAAGCACAUUUGAAAAAUUUUGUAUAUAGUUGUGUAUUUCAGAUGCAGUAAAAUGAAAUGGCUAUUGUAGACAAAAGAAUAAGCUAAACUUCUAGAUAGAAUGAAAAUGAUUAGAUGAGAGGAAAAUUUGUGUUUAAAUAGUCAUUAUGAAUUAAUCAUUUAAGAACAAAAGUUUGACAAAACUCAUAUAAAGUAAACAUAAAAUUAAUAGUAUUGACUUCAUUGAAGAAUUUUAAAACUUCAGUUUAAAGGGUGCCACAGGCUACCAUCUGAGUACUCUCAAUACCACAGACACCUCUUGUUCAGUAUUCUAGAAACACUGAAUCUCUUGUGUUUAUAAUCUCACUAGACUAUAGCUAAUAUCUGCUGCUUAAGCUUGGGUGCUUGGUUAAGUGAUUUAUUGUCUGUGUUGAUAUGUGUAGUUGUGAGCACUUCAAGAGCUUGCUUAUAAGUGAUGGUGGUGUGUUGGCAAUGGGUGGGAUUGGAGUAGUAUAUCUAUUAGAAAUUAAUGCUCUAGUUCCUUAAUUCUAAGAUGCAGUCCAUUUGAAGAAGCAUCAGCUUUCAGGAGUGGAGGAGGAAUAAUGCAUUAAAUGUACACAUUUCUGAAUUUUAAAAAACCUGGUUUAUAACAAGCAUUUGAUUAUCCUUAUCAUUACCAUUUUAGAAUCAUAAUCAGUUUUAUUUUAAGUCUUUUCCCAGUGGGUGGGGAGGAUGAUAAAUUACUGAGUCACUUUUGGCAGAUGCCACAUAAGUAUUACAGUGACUUGCAACUUUUCAUAAUUUCAUUAGCGUCUUUUCUAAAUAUAAGAUUAGACUAUAUGAUUUUUCUAACUUUUUUCUCCCUGUCCAACAGGAUAUUAUAAAUAAAUAUAUUUUCAUAAUAGAGAAUUAAAAUCUUUUAACAGAAGAAUUGUAAUUAAUUGUAGGGUGUGACAUAUUUAACCAAUUUAAUUGUUAAUCCAAUUCUACAGAAGGAUUUGAGACAUACUGUAUAAGAAUUAAGUAAUUACAAUACUUAUGUAAUACUUACUUUGUGCCAGACAGUGUUCUAAGCACUUUACAUGCACUUUAACCUGCACAGUAAUUAUUUGAUGUAGGUGCUGUUAUCCCUAUUUUAUAGAUGAAACAGAAGCAGUGAGGAUGUAAGUCACUGUACAGCUUGUAAAUUGCAAAGUGUGGAUUUCAUUCCAGAGACCCUGUAAAUCACAUCAUACUCUUAAUAGUGUAGAGCCUAUCUUAAAGUCUGUGGUAAAUCACAUCAGAUUGUAGUCAUUUUAUAGGCCAGGCCUUUUACUUACAUUUUAUUUCCUUUGGUAAUGAAAACGUAAAAUAGACAGUCUCCCUAGGCUCACUCUGUUAGCAAUCAACUAAAUUAAUCAUCUGGAGGAGUUUUGAGAAUGUGGAGAAAAAGAUACAGGAGUUCACAGAUACUGUUCAGUUGUAUCAGUUAAGUGGAUAUUUUCAUAUACAACUUUUAAGUGUCUAUAUCCUGUUAUCUUCUAAAAUAAAAGGUAAAAUAAAGCAAAAUUUUCAAGUUGAUAGGAGUAAAGGUUCUUAAAUACCAUAGUUUGCAUUUAAAAGGAUAAUUUUCUAAGGCAGUGUGAUAAUGCGAUGUUUUACAUUUUAAAAUUAAAACAAGUUAAUGACAA